GGGACAGUUGUAGACAUCUUAGAACUUUUGUUGUUUUUCUCCAUUGUCACCAGGCCGGUUCCCGCGUGCGUAGGUGGUCGGUGGUUCGGACAAGGGCGGCAUCCUUGUGCGCAAGGGGCAGGACCUGAAGUCGGAGCAGUGCACGGAUCGCGCCUGGGCGGGUGGAGGAGCUUAAGUUGGUGGGCGAUCGGUUGCACUACAAGCGCCUCACAGGCACAGGGCCUGAUGAGGGCUGGGUGAGCACCAAGAUCAGUGGCAAGGAGCUUGUGGUGAAGAAGGAGGUGGAUGACACACCUGCUGAGGAUGUUGGCGGUCCAGGAGAGGCAUCGGGCCCCGUGGAGGUGGACGAAGCCUUGAAGGCGAAGGUCCUCGACAUCUCCAAGGCCAAGAAAGACGACUUCCUUUUGUACUGCAUGAAGUACAAGGUGCUGGGCUUCCCCCUGGACAAGCCCAAGCUGCGCGUGCUGUGCUUCCACAACGCCGGCAGCGCGGAAUCCAUCUACACCGGGCCGAAGACGCCGUUCAUCGACUGGGUGAAGGAAACGAAGCAGGUGGAGGUCAUGGCCUUCGACUACCCCGGCCGCGACAAGCUGCUGAAGGCCACGAAGCACACGACCACGGAGACCUUGGCGCCGGAGCUGCUGGGUGUGGCCUAUGAGAAGCUCACCGAUGGUGUUCCCUACAUCGUUUGGGGCCACUCGGUGGGCACCUGGGUCGGCUUCGAGUUCCUCAUGCACGCGCGAAAGAUCGGCCUGCCUAUGCCCUUGGCGGCCUUCUUUGUCACCUUCCCUGCACCACACUGGCCCGAGACGAAGCGCCCUUGGAGGAGGAAUGCCAAGCUGAACGAUGCAGAGAUGAAGAAGGAAGUCUUGAACUGGGACAGCACACACUUCGGCGGCGCGGGCAAGGUCGUCUUCGAGGAGCCCACCUGGAAAGAGACCUGGGAGCCGAUGAUGCGCGCGGACUUCAAGCUCUUCGACGAGUACAAGUUCAAGCACGCCGGCACACCGAAGUUCGACUUCCCCCUCCACUGCUGGUGGUGCGAGGGAGAGCACUUCAUCAAGGGAGAGAUGGUCCAGGCCUGGAAAGAUUGGACGUCCUCCGAGUUCGACUACCAGGUGUUGAAGGACACGGGGCACUUGACGGCCUUCUACCAGGCGGAGCUCAAGAAGGCGUACUUCACCAAAGUGACGGAUUUGAUGAAGAAGUAUGCGGGCUUGUAGGUGGCUUUUUUUUUGCCAGUAGGCCCGGCGCCUUUUUGAGGGUUUAAGGUGACCAGCGAGGUGCCCGAAAGAGUGUCUGGUAGUGCUGAAAUUGGAAUCAAGUGAGGCAUAGGUCCCUGCAGAGGUUAAGUGACCUGAACUAGGACCCCACAGGAGUACCUAUAGGAUAGUC